UAUGAAAUUAAGUAGAAACUAGUUGAAUGUAUAAGUAAAAUGGUUAGUGAUCAGCUGCAUCACAUUUGAUAUCAGUAAUUUCAUAACAAAAUGUGGAACAGAAUACUCACGAGAUUUUUUAGUACAAUUAUUAAAAAUCAAAGAGUGCAGAGAGAGAUCUAUAAGGAUUGGACACUAAGUGUAAUUGCUGAUUUUAAAACAAGCAAGUGCACUAAAACUUUUGAUAUGAAUCUUUUCUCUCCAGAAGAUAAAGAGAAAAUUCUCCAAGUAAUAAAUAACAAAACCGCAGAUGAUUUAUUACAGUAUUCCAUUACUAAGAAGCAUGCACAGAAAUUAGAAUCAUAUCGUGAAAAUAAUGGACUGUUUAAAUCAUUGGAUGAUUUACCAGUAUGGAGUAUGAAUAACAAAUGGAUAUAUAAUUUUUACAAAUCAAUUAUAUAUGGCAAGGAAAGGAAAAUUCCUAAAAAGAAUAUGUCAAACCUAGUUGUAACUCCACAAAGUACUAGAAAUAAUCAUAAAAAUGUUAACACAGUAUUAGGCAUAUACGUUGGACAUGACAUCAUAAGUUGGUCAUUAUUAAACCGCAAUUGUGAAGUAUUACAGUGGAGCUAUAAAUCUUUUCCGCGAAAAGAAAAAAAAGAAAAAAUUCAUUCUUUACUUCAAACAACACUACCAAUCGCUAAAAAAUUACCGAAAGCCGAUCGGUAUAUAAUGCAAGAGAUUAAUGGUGAUACAGGCCAUAUAAAAAACUCUCAGUGUUAUCAGAACUUUAUACAACAGUCUAUAAUAGGCACUAUCAUUUUGACGCACCUGACGAUGGUUGACGAUAGUACAUUUAAUGACACCACAGAGUUUGUGGCAAACAACAUCUGUAUACUUCGACAGCAUGUAUUACGGAAAAUCUAUGGACUUGUAGUAGACAACGAGACGAUUUCCACACAAUAUAUGCUGCAAAAGCUACUGCAGGAAAGCGACGAAUUAAUAAAAACAAAGGAACCAAAAGUGUUAAUAGAAACAGAAUUAAGAAAUAUGUAUAAUAUACAAAAUUCUGUUUGUCAAGAACAGAUUGGUUGGCCAUUAUUGAUAGCGUUAGCUUUUGUAGAACUUUACAUAAAAGAACUGACAUGAUCCUUCGUAAAGCUUCUCGAAGCUUAUA